AAAGAGCGCAAGUAUAACAAUUAAACUUUGAAUCACGCUCGAGCUGUUUACUGAUAUAGCUCCCCGACGAGUCAGCGCAGCAGCUCCGGGGACCUUCGCGUUUUCCAAUUCAUUCUCGAGAACUUCCGAUCGGUAAUCACCUUCCUCGUGGCAGCCUCGGUUAAAAUUAGAAGCUAGUUGCGGACCGAUGUAAAAACAAUUGCAAACGAAUAUCAACGAUCGCUGCGCAUCGAGUGGAAAGCGAGGCGAGGGUUGCACAAUAUUGACAAAAUUCGUUAUCGACAGCUCGUAAAUUCAAUAAGCUCGGUCGAAGAGAAAAAAGCCCGCAGUUUCAUUCUUAAAACAACUCGUUCAGAACCCGGCGUCAACAGCGCAGCAGGAGCAGCAAAGCAGCGGAGCAGUCUUGGGGGCAGUAGGGGAAGAGCCGGGUCUCUCCCUCUCCUCGGGCACUGCAGCGGCGCGGUAGAGUAGGGAGCAACGGCAGCUCGUAAACCUCGCGUAAACUUCCCCUCUCUCCGUCUCACUCGGCCAUCCGUUAGGCGCGCGGCGGAGGAGAGUAGGUGGGAGAAAGAGCACAAGAGAGAGAGAGAGAGAGAGAGAGAGAGAGAGAGAGAGAGAGAGAGAGAGAGAGAGAGAGAGAGAGAGAGAGAGAGAGAGAGAGAGAGAGAGGUGUGGAGGCGCGCGCUUGCAGCACACGACGCGCUCCUACACGAGCGAGAGAGAGAGAGAGAGAAAAGGAGUCAGACGACAUUGGGGCCGACGACGGCGGCGCUCACGUACAGAGUAGUAGUAACAGUCGAGAGAGUGCUAGCGCCCGCGCAACGCAGAGUCAGUCAGUUGGCAGCGCGCUAUCCUACCGCGCGGACGUGUUUUACUAAGCACUCCUGAACACAUAAAAGCACCUACGUACAGACAUACGUACACACAUCGCAAGCACACCUCGAGCCACUCUGGAUUUCAACUCAGACUGCGAUACAGAGAGAUACAAAGUGUUGUGACUUGUUCGGCUUGAGGAGGAGAAAACUCGAGUGAUUAUUAUUGGCUUCUCUUCGCGAUCGAGUACUCUCGCAGCUAGCACUGUGAAUCGAUAUUCGCGCCGAGAAGGAAACUGUGAAUUUCAUUGAGUUGAGUGUGCUCGGCAGUGCGUCGCCGCUGCAGAGGAGCUUCCCAGUGGAGCUGGAAGACAGCUUCGGACGAGACUGUAUGACAGACUGAUCGGCAAAAGUGGAUCGCAAGAUUUCGCCGGCUUCCUUCACCAGGGAACCUUUCACAAUUGAUGUUCUGAGAAAACAAAUUAUGGUGGCAGAGUUCAUCGCCCGGCAGAGUGGAUCGCCCAUUAACGGUGAGACCGCGUGUCUGAACAGCACGAUGCCGGCCUCCCACACGAUGGCGCACGCUGGACACGGCGGAGCCCACAACGGCGGCCACGAGGCCCACGGGCCCCUCCCGCCCAUGACGCACUCCGGACACCACAUGCAGCCGCAGCACGUGUCCCACCAACAGCAGCAGCAGCAGCAGCAGCUACACCACCCCCAGCCCCAGCACAUGCAGCACCAGCAGCAGCAGCAGCAGCAGCCGCCCCUGUCGCCCCAUCCCGACAGCUACAACAACAACAACGGCGGCGGCGGCAGCAACAACAACAACAACUACGACUUGCGCAAGGAGCUGUUCUCGCAGCGCAAGCAGCGCGAGUUCAUCCCCGAUAACAAGAAGGACGACAGCUACUGGGACAGGCGCCGGCGGAACAACGAGGCGGCCAAGCGCUCGCGCGAGAAGAGGCGCUUCAACGACAUGGUGCUCGAGCAGCGCGUGAUGGAGCUCAGCAAGGAGAACCACAUCCUGAAGGCCCAGCUCGACGCGAUCCGCGAAAAGUUCGGCAUCUGCGGCGAGUCGGUGAUCAGUACCGAACACGUGCUCGCGGCCCUGCCCGCCGAGCCGACCCUCGUGAAGCGCGCCAAGCUCCAGUCCUCGGCAGCCCUGCUCUACGCCCGGACGCCCAGCCCCGUGCACACCUCGGUCAUCCACCAGCCCGUCAGCGGCGCCCGCUCGCCCAGGUCCCCGGCCCAGCUGUACGUGCCCGAGACGACCGCGUACCCCGAGGCCGAGAGCUUCCAGUACCCGUUCCCCCACCCGGCGGCCCUGCACAGCUUCGACACCUCGAGCGCGCUCAACCUGUCGCGCGGUCGUCGUGCCCAGUCGCCGUUCGAGCUCUCCUCGGGCAGCGGCGACGAGAGCGUCCAGAUGACGAGCUCGCCCACGCUGCUGGCCCAGGCCGCCGGCGCCGGCAACAGCCUGCCCCACAAGCUCAGGCACAAGUCCCGGAUCGGCGACAAGGACGCCGCGAGCGCCCUCCUCGCGCUCCAGGGCAUCAAGCAGGAGCCGGGCCCACGGGCCUCGCCGCCCUGGGACAACGAGGGCUCCAGCGACGAGCGCGACUCCGGCAUCUCGCUCGGCGCCGAGUGGACCGGCCCGAGCGUCUCCAACAUGCCCGAGAGCGAGCGCGAGGUCAAGUCGCGGCUGGACCGGCUGGCCAGCGAGGUCGCCUCCCUCCAGUCGAUCCUGCGCCUGGGCAAAGCCGGCGAGGGUCUCGUGAGCGGCUCGACGACCGUCAUCAGCAGCGCGGGCGUCAACGGCGUCAGCGCCGCUCCAUGAAGGACCAGAGCUGCGUCGUCGAGCCUCAGCGACUGACAAUUGCCGAUGAUGACGAGGGGGUUGCGGCAGCCUCGACGGGCCGCCGAGUCGUGACUGACCGGGCGCCUCGGCUGCAACGACUUGACCUUCCUUCAACCGAUUCUUCUUCUUCUUCUUCUGGGACCUUCGUGCACAAGACUAUCCAAAGACCGAGCAGCAGGAGAGGAUUCUCGCGCCUUCAGCAGUUGUGGCCUUCUAAGCGAGAGAACGGGGGAGACAACGAGGGCGGACCGGCGGAGCUCCUCCUCGUCCGUCCUUCACUUAUUUAUCGACGAUGAUACACACUUCCUACGCUGGGGGACUCGGGCCUUGCUGUCGCGGAAUUCGGUUUCUCCCGACACGUACACACCUAUGAACGAGAGUGAGAUCAUUUGCGAAUUACUACUGUGAUAAGGAUUCCAGCGCCUCGCCCGGGUCUCGAGACUUUUUGUAUAUAAAUUUAUACACACCCACACGCAUACACACGCGCGCGGAGUCGGAUCGAGGGCCAGAGCAGCGUUUUCAUCGAGCUUGCACGUCUGAAGCGCCGCCCUCUACUCACUCACGCGCGCGCACACACACACACACGCCUGCGUUGCGCGAAAACGCAGCUAUGGUUAGCCUAUCUCUAUACAUAUGCGUACAUAUAUGUAAGGAAAAAGAUGAAACAUCCAUGUAUUUUUGUGUAUUAUCACGCAUGUACUCGUUUAAAAUUACGUCUUUUGCAUCACGUCUGACUUUGCUUGCUGAGCGCAUAAUACCGAUAGGUAUCUGUAAAUACUACACCGCAUCGAAUCGAUAUCGCUAUUACGCAAUAGAUCUUAUUUCCGAGGAAAACUGCGCCACGCCCACGCGCGCAGAAAAAACACAUCUUACAUUUUAAAAUGGUUAAGUAAUGCUAUGCAGGAAAAAUAAACGAUGAAGAUGGUUGCGACAAAUCCAAGUUCUAAGUAAAUUACACACUGUACGGCAUAAGGAGCUUUAGGAUAUUUCUUAUUUACUGUCAUGAUUACUCUCAUAAGUUAAUCGGUCGUAGCGAUGGUUCAACUCAUAUAUAUAUUUCGAUUAUCGUAUCGCAAAACGUUUGUUAAUCGGUCGAAUUCUUUAGAUCGUACGUACGUAUUUAGAAUAGAUCGGAAAACGCGAGCGCUAGCCGGUCACCAUGGUAAACUCUGUGGGGACUUAGUCGCGCAACCGGCUCCCAUCACCGCCACCUAUCCCUUAAGGGCCUAUACAAGCUUCUUGCGGCCGGGGCCUCGAGAGUGCGAGCCCAGCCUCCCGCUCUAGGUCGCCUCGACGGCAACGUUUGUUCGUGCUCGAUUCGAUUUAAUCGUGUAAAUUUAAAGCUCUCAUCUAUAAUCUAUCGACGUUUCUUUUACUUGUUUAAUUCAUUCAUCGCGCAUCAAUCGUAAUUUAAUUAUUUUAACGCAUCACAUUUACUAAUCGAAGAAAAAAAAUCACGAAAAUACGUCAUCUUCUCGCGCAUCUGCGUCUUCCUCACUUCAACGAUUAAAGCACUACGGAACCGUGGAUUUCAAUGCUGAAAUUUUCAACACGAAUGAAUGUGGAGGCGAAAAAUUUGCGAACUUAAUGUUUCAAGUAUUAUGCGAAGCCUACAGGUGUAUUGCGCAUACACGCUGCACAUCUACACAUACAUGCGCGCGCCUGUGUUUACAAAUCUCGAUUUUUUUUCUGGCCGGGCCACCUUAUCGCCGAACUUGGAAAACUAGUCCGGAGUAUUUGAAUGGGCAGAUAACUCUGCCUUUAUCGAGAUUGAAAGAGCUACGGAAAUCGGCAGAAACACGCUUAUCGGCGCGGAUUAGGUGGCACAGAAACCGAAUUCUAUCGCGGGAUUGGUUAACAGCGCUCCUACACUUUUGCGCAUGUACGUGUAUAUGUAUUUAUAUAUUUUAAUAUUUCAACUUUGUCUUUUUCAAUAUUAAACGACCACUAUUGUAUUUUUCUAAAGCGCCGCCUGCUGCUCGUGCGCAGGCGUCGAUUUGUACUUGCACAAGGGACCCGCGAAAUGAUCCUGAGUGUGUGUUGGGUGAAAGCUUGAGACGAACGUUCAGGUGCCUUGGAAAAAUUUUUGCCACUGCAGGAGAAAAGCAAAGGAAAAAGCCGAGAGGGAAACUGCGUAGUUACGAGCAAGCGUUGCGUGAAAAAAGAGCGAGCGAAAAGGAUUGGAAGUUGUUAAAGAUAAAAACGUGGAAAAAAAGUAUAGACUUUGUUGCAUGUGGAAAAAAAACUGAGGUGACGUGUGUUAUUUAUAUGUGAUAUCGGCGCGAAGUGAAGUUUCUAAACGCUCCUAUGUGAAAUCGUAAUCGUAUAACUAUUCGAAAGCCACUAAUUAUAAAAAAGCAUAGCUCUAAUAAACUAUUUAUUACAUUAAUUGUGUAUGUUUUAAGAUAGGAGAGAGUGUCUGUGUCGACGGUAAGGGAUGAUCACGAUAUAAAACGUUUGAUUUUUUUUACUCCGAGCAAUCUUUUUAUUGACGCCGGUUCGUGCCGGAUUUGUUAUUUAAAUGCGAACAUUUAAAAAGUUUAACUUUGAAGCAUUUCGAACAAUUAACCGGAAAAUAGAAUGCACGACGAGAAAGUUGGGAACUCAGCGCCUCAGAAACUAUGUAAUAUGUUCGAGUAUCUAUGUGUGUAUGUGUAUAUGUAUAUAUAUAUAUAUAUAUAUAUAUAUAUAUAUAUAUAUAUAUAUAUAUAUAUAUAUAUAUAUAUAUAUAUAAUUAAUAAGAAGAGAUUCCAAUUUUCGAGCUCGUCACGGUGAACUAAUGCAAAGAUCGCCCCUACUAAGCCCAACACAAGACUGUUUAUUACUAUUCGGUGUUAUGCAAUGGAAGAAUUUCGUCAGUAAUUACUUCCUCGUUUGUUUUCUUUUUUACAGUAUAGUUUGCUCGACAUGUACAUAAAUUACAUAUUACAAGAAACAUGCGUUUCACGCGUUUAUGUUUCGUCAAAUAGUCAGGAAUAAUGUAAAAGAAAACCAACAUUGGACUAGAAGUAUAAGCACUCAAAAGUUUCAUGUCGUUGAAUUGUGACGAAUCAUAUCUAACGAUACUGAAAUGGAAAAACCCGAUAAAUUUGAUACUUGUGUCCAAAAAAUGUCAUAAUUUAUAAAUAUUGUAUUUGACUAUUUAUAAGCGUCGACUGGAAUAAAUGUGACCAGCAAUAAAA